AUGUUGUUGAUCAAUAUUCUUCUGGCCGCCUAUCUGAUUACAGUCACCUUUUCGGAUAGCGUUACGUUGCCCAAAGUAGUAUGUGGGGAGCGCCUUGACUGCUUCCCAGAACCAGGUGUCACACAACAAGCAUGUGAGACAAGAGGCUGUAUUUGGGACACUGAUCCAUGUCCGGUAUGGGAAAGAUGUAAAAGUAAAAAGCACAAUUUAAAACCGCUAUUUUUCACAACUUAAUA